CACACGUGCACUCGCGCUCAGUUGAAGUGUGUAGGGCUGUGCCAAAGUGUCGACGAUUCGUCAUAGCGCUCGGAGCAUUAUUUCCAACUUCCUCGCCUGGCUCUGGUCGAAGAGAAAGGCUCAUCAUCAUGAGAUAAAACAUAAAUCCGUGUGCCGUGUGCCGUGUGUGUGUGUAUUUUGCUGCGCUGGAAUGGUUCAUUGCGUUGAAAGCGUUUAAACGACGGCGCCCUAGCAUUGCCACUGGAAAGAACGGUACUGUGUGUGUGCGUGUGCUGUGUGUGGCUGUUUGUGUUCGUUCGUGUGUUUGUGCGUGAAUCCCCGUGGAAAAAAUAAAAUUUCCAGCACAACCCCGAAAGAUAAGCAAAGCCCCCGUCGUCGUGGUGAGACAGUUUUUCUUUCUGUGGCGUGCGAAUGGUUUUGUCCCUGGAGUGGAGCGUUUCAGUGUAGUGCGAGUGCGUGCGUGUGUGUGUGCACAGAGAGUGUUAUUUUCCCCAUUUUUCUACUUCCACUUAGCGUGAGACACAACACAAAAGAAGGAAAGCUUUAUGUGUCUAUCAUAGCUGCCGCCCCAGUGAAGGUGCUCCACUCUCGGUGUGAUUCUAUUGUGUUUUCGUAGCUCAUUGUGCACUGGAAGCUCGGGUUCGUUACCAGCGCCAUUACCACCGUGUCACCGUCGUUAGGGAGGGCCCCCGCCGUCGUCGUCCCUGUUCGUCCGUUUUCUUUCUAAACCUCUGCCAGCGCUCGCCCCGAGACACACACUCGCAAGAUGAUUAAAAACAUUUUCGGCAGCAGACGGGCGAAGGAGUCCGAGCGGAACAAGAUCUCCGAGAUCGGGCUGCCGACGAACGUGGUGCACGGGAUGCACGUCAGCAAAAAUCAGCUGACCGGCCAUCUGGAGGGCUUGCCGAAACCAUGGAUCCGCAUGAUGGACGCGAUGAUCACGCACGACGAGCAGAGCAAAAAUCCGGAGGCAGCCUACCAGGCGGUAAAGUUUUACAGCUACUCGAUCAAAAAGAAGGACGCGUCGGAACCGUUCAAGCCGUUCAUCACGGAAGAUGCGAUCCACGAGGAAACGGAAUCGAUCGACCAGUUUCUCGACCAGAAGAGCACGCACAAAAGCGAAGACUCGCUGGCCGGCAGCAGCGAGGAGAGUGAAGCCGUCCCGCAGGUGCCCCCGCCCCCACUGCCCAAGAAAAGUAUGACCCUGCCGCCGAAACCGCAGCUGAAACCAAAGCCCAAGAACUACACCAGCAAGGUGUACAAAGGCAUGGACAAUCUGCAUCUGAUCGACCCGGGCAGCAACAGCGACACGAUGAUCAUUCACAACGUGCCCCACCUGACGCACCAAAGUUCCUACGCGAUCUGCACGAACGUGAACAACAACAACAGCCUCGACCAGGAGCCGGAGCUGGCCGAUGCCGAUUUGAUACUGCGACCGAAGGAGAAGCUCGCCCGCCAGCCCAAGAGCGACGAGCAGGUCUAUCACGAGCUGAAGAAGAUCUGCAACCUGAACGAUCCGCUCGAGCGGUACGAGAAGACGGUCGAGGUGGGCAAGGGUGCGUCCGGGGUGGUGUUCAUUGCGCUGGAUCGCAACACCGGCGCCAAGGUGGCGAUCAAAACGAUCGACAUGAAGAACCAAUCGUCCAAGGAGUCGAUCCUGAACGAGAUCAACGUGCUGAAGGACUUCAAUCACAAGAAUCUGGUCAACUUCCUCGAGGCGUACUACCUGGAGGACGUCGACCAGCUGUGGGUCAUACUCGAGUACAUGGACGGCGGUCCGCUGACGGACGUGGUCACUGAGACGGUGAUGAAGGAUCGCCAGAUAGCGGCGGUCUGCCGGGAGGUGCUGCUGGCCGUCAGCUUCCUGCACGCGAAGGGCAUCAUCCAUCGCGACAUCAAGUCGGACAACGUGCUGCUCGGCAUGGACGGUUCGGUGAAGGUGACCGAUUUCGGCUUCUGCGCCAACAUCGAGGGCGACGAGAAGCGGCAAACGAUGGUCGGCACACCGUACUGGAUGGCGCCGGAGGUGGUGACGCGCAAGCAGUACGGCAAGAAGGUGGACAUCUGGUCGCUCGGCAUCAUGGCGAUCGAGAUGAUCGAGGGCCAGCCGCCGUACCUGAAUCAGGCGCCGCUGCGUGCGCUCUACCUGAUCGCGGCGAACGGCCGGCCGGACAUCAAGAGCUGGGACAAGCUGUCGGACAAUCUGAAGGACUUCCUGGACCGCUGCCUGCAGGUGGAGGUCGACAUGCGCGCCUCGGCGGACGAGCUGCUGCGGCAUCCCUUCCUGCAGGACUGCAUGGAGCUGCGCACGCUAACGCCGCUAAUUAAGGCCGCCCGAAGGUUGCUGAAGCGGGACAACUAAAGGAAGCGAGCGCCAAGCACGCACACAACGUGCCCGCGUGCCUGUGCGCUGGUUGCAGGUAACAGGAGGAGAAGGAUGGGUUGGGUUAGAAAAAACCGGAGAGGGGGGAACCAAGCAAGUCAAAAGUAGGAACCGUUUUGCCGUAUGUGGCUGUGAGAUUUAGUGCCUUUUUUAACCCCGCUCUUGUGAGCGAAGCGAGGGAAAGACGAAGACGAACGAAUGAUUGGGAAACCGGAAAGCAGAACCAGCAAAUGGGGGGAGGGGAAGGGGAACGAUAUUGGUGCAAAAUUUGGUUUUGGGGGUGUUUGAUAAAGCAGACAGAAGAAGGGGCGGGAGCGGGGGAGUAUGAGGAGUAAAAACGAACACCCCGCGGCUCAGGGUUGCGCCAUAGCCGCGCGCGACCAACAAAAUCACACCCCACAUAGUCAACGAGCUUAAAGAUAAGGAAAAAGUAGAGCUUACACACUCUAGCAAUGCGCUGAAUCGAGCGCUAGAUCGAAGGGGGAACAUCGAUAGCUGGCAGUGUCAGCGAGGUAGAGAGGCAGGCACUGGAGGAUGGCGAUAAGCACAAACUGCCGUCGAACGUUAGCGAGGGCUCAGCAAGGGGCUCGGGCACUGUGCAACAUGGUUGGCGGCAGCAUUCGAUUCGUGUAUUAGCUCACUGGCGGCGACACAGAACAAUCAAUCAUACAACACGCAUGACCCUUGCAACCACGCAGUGCAUCUAGGGUGAAGGAAGCAGCAUUAUUCUAGGCGAGAACUAUAAGUACUAAGGGGCGCAACACAGGAUCAUUCUCCAUUACAUUCCACUAUUCCGGGCGAAGAAAGUAAAUUCCUUUCCAUCGCGUUUUUUGUUCGGUCGUUUGGUGUAAGAGAACUUAAACACUCCAGCUUCAUUUAAAGGGAACGUUCACUGCCACUUGAUAGUUUGUAGUAAGAUCGUAAAUGUGCAUUACACAGCAUAGAAUGACGUAUUUGUGCGCUUUUUGUAGCGGGCCAAGUGGAACAAUCCCGCUUUAAUAAUGGGAUGGCAUUUUAUGUUGCCUUUUGCGUUCGUGCUCAUGAAAGGAAAUUAUGAAAGGCAGCGACCAAAAGCGAGCCAGCGAGACAGCAAAAGAACAUCGCUGUGUCCUUGUCAUACUGUUCGCGUUUGAGCGGGAAGGGGGAAGCGGUCCGACAGAACGAUAAUAAUGUCGCUUGCGAUUAGCCGGAACCGACGGGCUGCUCAAGUCCGUGCCAGUGGGCCGCCGUCGCCGUCGAGGCAAGCAAAUGAAAUAAACCUUCGUUGUGUCUGGUGCGGGGAAACGCAGCAAACCCAUCGCCAGCCCUUCUUGUUCCGUUCCGUUCCGUAACCCCUGGCGGCGAAUGUGUCAUUGUGGAAGUCUCUCGUACCCUCGUACCAGCUCGUGCGCUCGACGGCCUCGGCAAUGAUGACGAUGGCGAGACGGACUGACUGGUGUUGUGCGGUGGUAGCAGUAGACUCUUCCAGCGGUGUCGAUGUCGUCUUCCUGCGCGACCGCGCAAACCCGUAUUGGCGUUGAACUCGACUCGGAGUCACCGAGCAGCGAACCAUCUCAAGCGCGCAGCCUGAUACGCGUGCGAUGAUGCUGAUGGUAUGCAUUGAUGAUGUUGGUGGUGGUUGCGUGCAUCAUUCAUCACUGCUUUGUUGCGUGCAGCAGAACGAGACAGCACGUGCACGUAGACGGCGCUCGCUUGAACGUGCACAGAAAGUGCAUUCGAUCGUCAGUUGCAAGUGCGCUUUGGGCAUCGUGUAGUGUAAGCGAGAGGGCAAACCGGGUGCAGUUAGUGCUCUCUGGUGCUGUUGUUUUCUCUGCAGAGUACCAGGGCCCAGAGAAGAGUGUGUGUGGCUGGAAUUAUUCUAUUAAAAUUUACAUCUCAUUGAAGAAAAUCACGUUUGGGUAGUGCGGCACGGUGCAGGGUUUGGAGAUUUUUGCAGUGAGCAUUCCCCCCCCUCCCCUUUGGGUAUUGCCUUUGUCGUGGCGGGGCGCCGGUGCUGUACGAAGCGUUCUUGCCUUGUCCCAUUAACACUACGAUGCGAUUUUGUCGCCAAGAGAAGCUAACAGCUAAGAGCUCUGUCGUUUUAGCAGAGUAAACUUGUGUCUUGUGUUGUGUACGCGCCGUGAAGGCAAAACAAACCUCCUAAAUCCGGAUGAAGAUGGCACGGUUUAGCCUUUUGCGCUACCGUUCAUCGCACCCGUGCGGACGUCCUAAACGAUCGUAUCGUUGCAGACUCGGCUGCAAACGACGACGUAUCGUGUCGCCAGCUGGAUUGAAAUUCUUCCCAAAAACACACACACACAAGAGCAACGCAUCCGCAACGAGCAUAAUGUGCUACUACCCGCUGCCGCCUGGACGGGCAGACAUACGACGACAUGCCUUAUGCCCCUGGGUAGACAUACAUGUGAUGAAGAAAACCCGGCGAACCGAAGCAACAAAAAAAGAGGGAAUUUUUAUGCUCGUUUUAUGUGCGUUAUAAAAAUAAUUUGCCCCUUCACAUAAGUGUUGAUAUAAAUGGACAUUUUCCCUUCGGAGCUACUUACUGCUUCGCUUGUUUUCUCGCAAGCUGUAGUAGAAUAGGCGAAUGUGCAGAUGGAACCUUUUUUACGUAUUGGAUUUAAUAUUUGAAACAUUUAAAUCUCAAGAAACCACCGGCUCCUGCAUGAGAGUGAGAGUGUCGUGACCGUUUGGAAAAGGUAAGAAUAAACCUUCCCGGUUAUACCUAUGACUCAUCAUUAGCGUUUCAUCUAAAAUACCACCAUUAAAACCCACCAACUUUCUUCAACAUACCCGCGCAACAGCGCCGUGUCCACUCAGGGAAGGUGGCGAGAGGGGGUUUGGACAACCGGCAGGGCCGCCUCGAGACGACGCUUAGCAUGGUUUUUAGCUGUGGUUGUAUUUGUGGAUGAUUCAUCCGCCGAAAGUCCAGCCCUACUAUCGAGUUUGUAACACGAACGGUACACAUGGGCGUGUGCGAUGUCGUCUACCUCAACCCUCUCAAAUGAAUUAAAUCCACAACACUAUUCAGAUCCCCCCCCCCCCCCACACCCUCGGUAGCAGCAACAACACGCUGAUAAAGAUGUGCACAAUCACGGGUGGAAAGGUUGAAGGUGAGAAAUUCAAUCUUGCCGUGAGGAGGGGGGUUUUGAGCGAUCGGUUUCCCCAUCUUCUCGCGUUCUUAGAAUAGCGCAUGUGUUGGUGCUAGUGCUGUAAAGAAAUGUAAAUACAAUGUACCGGGGAUGCAAUGCCUACCAAUGUUCAAUUUAUGAGUGAGGGUGCCCGCGUUUGAAUAUCGUUUGAACAAGUGGAGGUUAACUGCGGUGGUGGGCCUUGACCGAGAGAACAAUCACCGUGCCACUGUUAGGAAAGGAAAAGAAGAUCAUCUUCUGGCUUAUUGCUUUUAUUUGUGUAGAAGUUUUUUUUUUUCUUCUGGUGAAUAAACUGUUCCCUUUUGGGGCCUUUGUUUAGCUUUAAACAAACAAAAUUGCGCGCACACUCUAUCGUCACCGGCCUAACCGGUCCGAUGAUGGCAGGUGAAGAGCGAUUCUUCUUUUUACACCGUUUGCUAGUACAACACAAUUCCAUGGCAUGCUGAUUACAUGGUGCGCUUUGAAAAAAAAACGGUGCUUUAAUGUUUCACGCCUCGCGGCAGCGAUAAUCACAGCGAUCGGUGUACGCCAAGCUGACACCACGUGCUGCGGGGAGGAAGCUACUGUAGCUGUGGUGGAGAGUGUGUAAGCACUCGAUGUCUAUCGAAAUGGACGGUUACGGCACCGUAUGGCCCUGAUGAUGAUGAUGGUGAUGGUAGUACCCGACCCAUUUCCGUCUCACGAAACCCUCAAAAAGCUGGCGAGAAUCUUUAAGGCCGGGCUACAUUGAUCGUACUCGCAAGCGUAAUUUCGAUUUUCACUAGCGCAUCUGGCGGCGGCUGACCGAAGCAUUUUGAUAAACAAUGUGGAGCCGCUCCAGAAAAUAUGUUAUUUUUCUAUGUUUUUUACUUUAACUGGACUGGAAAAGCUUUGUAAUUGAUAGACAAACAUAUUGUGCAAGUAUUUCAGCCGUUUUCGCAUAAAAAAACGGUGUAAAAACUAAUUAAUUUUGAGAUCCAACACGACCAUUCCCCCGACGACCAAAAAAAGCUUCCACCAGCCGCCGCCAGAUGCGCUAGUGAAAAUCGAAAUUACGCUUGCGAGUACGAUCAAUGUAGCCCGGCCUUUACGGUCGUAGUGUACCCCCGCGUAUCUUGGUGAUGAGAUAAAUUAAUUUGACCUUAUGCUGCUACCUCCACCUCAAUGUGUUGGGUUUCCAGUACUCCCUGAAACACCAACAAAGCUCUCCAAUCGUACUAUUGUAAUAUCGUACCCGGUUGUGUUUCUUUAGGGAGGUCGUCGUGCGGGAUGAAGGAAGUGUCAACCGGGUGUGUAAAUCGGGCAGGAUGAAUUCACACUUCCGGCUUGGCUGAAGUGUUGAUCACGCUCGCACGAAUAAUGCGUUUGUCAUUCCUAGGGGGGGGGGGGGGGGGGGGGGGGUUGUACACACUAUGCAAGACCCCGUACAGCAAGACCCUCAGCAGUAGGAUGGAUGGGUAAUACAUGUAUUGGCAUUUUUCUUCAAUUUCGUAAAACCACCUCCCUCAACCUGACCAAGCGCGCACCGUGUGACCGAUUUGUGCGAUGCCAUUUAUCAACCGUUAUCAGAUAACACAAGUAUGCAUGCCCCACUCCCCCCUCACAGAGCACAACAGGUUACAUACAGUUGCAGCGCAUCCCUUCAGGGAGGGAGUGUCUUUUGACAGUGUGUGGGGCGAAGUGCUAACAAAUGAACUCUCCAUUUCCUUUCGGAAGCACUGCGAGAGGUGUGAGCUACACCUUCCCGCGUAUCACAGCAGAGAGAAUCACGUUACGUUACGGACACUUCCGGUUGCUUCUUAUCAAUAUGGACGGACAUGAAUUCGCACUCUUAGGAAAGCGAUCUGUUGGGCGGUGGUGUGGACGGUGUUUUAAUCUGAUGCACUGGUGCAUCCUGUGGCAAGACUCUCUUAGUAGAAGGUGGUAGACCCGUGAUGCACGAACCAUGCGUAGCCUUAAUCAAUGAAACACAAUAAUGUUUUAAUAUUGCCGAAGGGCAGCCAUCAUUUGGGCUGGCAGUGUGUGAGGUGCUCAAGCAAGGCUUGAGUACAUUCCCCACAGUCAGCGCGCGCAAGUUGAUUGCCUUGAACAGUAUUUGUGGACGCUGCUGCGGCGGGUGUUGGACCACUUGCAGGGAAGGGGGUUUCCCGAUCGUGCACACUCACACUCACACCAGCUUGUAAAGCCACACGAGGAAGCCGAAAAACUCCCAACGCCGCAACAAUACACCACGCAACACCAUAUGUAGCACAUGUUUCGCAUAAACGCCAUCGAAAACCCUCCAGAGAGAACUAACAUGAAUCGAAUUGCUAACGUCUUCCGCGUGCCACCUCCCCCCAAAGUGCCUAGCCACCGCCCGCGUUACAUAUUAGGCCCUGAUAGAGACGUUACGUGCUUUGGCCCCCCGUACGACACAAGAAAAGCAGCCAGCACCACCCUUCACGCAACUGAUACUUGACACUGUACUGAAACACAUGAACUUCUUGCGUCUCUUUUGAAUUGUAAAAACUGAGGAGCGUCUGCAUCUGCAACAUCGUCCAUGUACAGUGUAACACUAUCCCAGGCCAUAUUUAGGGUUUGACGAUCGGAGAAUUACCGUCCAGCAGAUUGUAGUAGGGGCGGUCCAUUUGUUUUGAGUAUGCAUUGAGAAGGUCGGUCGGUCAGCAGCCGCCAGAAGGUGGAAAACAUUUGGGAAAAGAAGUAUUGUUUAGGGGUGCGUGUUUGAAUUACUAUUACUACAUUUUGUACAUAGAAGAGGGCCGGAGAGGUAUUGAUUUCCAUUUAAUCGAAAUGCAUCCAUCGUGGGCAACAAAUCGGCAGCAUGCGUUUCUGUUGCUGUUUUACUAGUGUAAAUAAGUACAUAGGCCCCCUGGCAAACAAACCAUCACAAUCAAUCCAGCCCGACCGAUAACGUAAGGGUACUCUACCUAGGGCACUUACAGCGAGAAAGCUUGCUUCUUUUUUUUAAUUCGUAUCUGAUGGACAAACAUUCGCACCAAUGCGGUAAAUGCUUUUGAAUGCUAUUUGUUUUUUUUUAAUAUAAAAAGCGCAUGUAUUUUUAUACGUAUUACAAGGUUAAGGAAAGUGUGUGUGUGAGUGUAACCAGGUAGGGAGAAGGAGCCACAUUACAUUACCAAGCGCGCACGUAGCGUCGUGCUGCCAAGCACCACUGCAUAUGUAUCAAGCAUUUAGUAGGAAUGAUGCAGUGAUGAUCUUUGGGGGACAUUGAAUUACAACAUUCUUUUGCAGCAUUAGUCGGUGUAAAUGAAAGUGCGAAACGAAUGACGACGGUGUGAUAGGAUAUUAUUCGGUAUUAGCUAUGGAUGUUUUUGAAGUAUUUUCCUUCUUUCAUUUUUUUUUUCAACGAACGUAACAACCGCAACCAUGCACAACCAUUCACACACGUAAAUAGCAUUCGAUACUGGACAUUUUUGUAGUACUUUUUUGGCAAUAUUGUUAAACGUUUUAUGUAUAGAAUAUAGUUUGUGAUAGGAUGAUGUA